CGGUUUGCUUCGUUUUUGCUUGAGUUUUGAUACCCUUUUGAACAGUAUUUUCUGUCCAAAUAAAUCUUGCUAAUCAUUGUACUAUCAAUCAGUGUGCUCUAUUCUACGCUAGAAGCAAAAGCAGCAGCAUGGAUUCCGAUUUGUACGACGAGUUUGGUAACUACAUAGGACCAGAUUUGGAAAGCGAUGAAGAUGACGAUCAGAGUCUAUACGGACAAGCUGACCAGCAGGACGAUCUUGAGCUGGAGGAUGGCAUGGAAGAAGAAGCGGAGCAGAGCGAAGAUCCGGUCAGCUCUAGGGCGGUGGUUUUGCACGAGGAUAAGCGCUACUAUCCGUCAGCUUUAGAAGUGUAUGGAGAAGAGGUUGAAACUAUCGUACAAGAGGAAGACGCCCAACCGCUGGAUAAACCGUUAAUCGAACCAGUCCGAAAGGUGAAAUUCCAAAUAAAAGAACAGGAACUUCCCGAUACCACGUACAACAUGGAGUUUUUAGCCGAUUUGAUGGACACGCCUACGUUGAUUCGAAAUGUGGCUUUAGUUGGACAUCUCCAUCAUGGAAAGACAACAUUUGUGGAUUGUUUAGUUCGUCAAACCCAUCCUCAGUUCCAGGACAUGGAAGAGCGUAAUCUACGCUAUACGGACACCCUUUUCACAGAACAGGAACGAGGUGUGAGCAUUAAGGCGACUCCGAUUACGCUGGUACUUCCGGACGUUAAAAGUAAAAGUUUCUUGAUUAACGUAUUUGAUACACCGGGACAUGUAAAUUUUUCUGAUGAAGUAACGGCCGCAAUGCGUCUGUGCGACGGUGUUGUGCUCUUUGUGGAUGCAGCCGAGGGCGUUUCGCUGAAUACGGAACGAUUGCUAAAGCACGCCAUCCAGGAGAAACUUGCCAUAACGGUUUGCAUAAACAAGAUUGAUCGAUUGAUGUUGGAAUUAAAGCUGCCACCACAGGAUGCCUACUUUAAGUUGAAACACAUUGUAGAGGAAAUAAACGGCCUGCUCACGCUGUACGGUGAUUCGAGCAUCAAACAGGUUUCACCGAUUCUUGGCAAUGUGUGCUUUGCUAGCUCAUUGUACGGAUUUUGCUUUACGCUCAAAUCGUUUGCGCAGUUGUACGCGGAUACGUACGACGGUGUUAAUCCUUGUGACUUCGCCCGUCGUUUGUGGGGUGACAUGUACUUCCACAAUAAAUCACGCAAGUUUACCAAAAAACCACCACACAGUUCAGCUCAGCGAAGUUUCGUCGAGUUCAUUCUGGAGCCGCUGUAUAAGUUAUUCGCACAGGUUGUCGGUGACGUAGACACUACAUUGGCUGAUACAUUGGCGGAGUUAAACAUUCGUAUUACGAAGGAAGAAAUGAAGUGCAACAUUCGACCGUUGCUACGUUUAAUUUGUAGCCGAUUCAUCGGUGAUUUUAGCGGAUUCGUUGAUAUGUGCGUAGAACACGUGCAAUCACCGUUGGACAAUGCUCAAACCAAAAUUGAUCAUAUCUACACGGGAGUGAAGGAGAGUGGUAUUUAUCAGGAUAUGUUAAAUUGCGAUCAGAACGCACAGCUGAUGGUUCACAGUUCUAAGAUGUACCCGACGGAAGAUUGCACAUUUUUCCAAGUGCUGGCUAGGAUUAUGAGCGGAACUCUGCACGCUGGACAAGAGGUACGAGUUUUGGGUGAAAAUUAUUCUCUCGUCGAUGAGGAAGAUUCCCGGACACUUCAAGUUGGACGAUUAUGGAUUUACGAAGCACGCUAUAAGGUUGAGUUGAAUCGAGUACCCGCCGGAAAUUGGGUACUGAUAGAAGGAAUCGAUCAAUGUAUUGUCAAAACGUCGACCAUAACGGAAGUGCAGAUGAAUGAAGACGUGUUCAUCUUUCGACCGUUGAAAUUUAACACCCAAAGUAUCAUAAAAAUUGCAGUUGAACCAGUCAAUCCGUCGGAAUUACCGAAAAUGUUGGAUGGGUUACGAAAAGUGAACAAAUCCUAUCCCCUGCUUUCGACCAGGGUGGAAGAAUCGGGUGAACACGUCAUUCUGGGUACGGGAGAGCUUUAUCUCGACUGCGUUAUGCAUGAUCUGCGAAAAAUGUACUCAGAAAUCGAUAUUAAAGUAGCCGAUCCAGUGGUAGCAUUUUGCGAAAGUGUCGUAGAAACUAGCUCGCUAAAAUGUUUUGCUGAAACGCCAAACAAAAAGAACAAAAUCACUAUGAUAGCCGAGCCGCUGGAGAAGGGUUUAGCAGAGGACAUUGAAAAUGAAACGGUUUCCAUCGGUUGGAAUAAGAAAAAGUUGGGAGAAUUUUUCCAGAUAAACUACGACUGGGAUUUGCUAGCUGCCCGUUCGAUUUGGGCCUUCGGUCCAGACAAUACAGGACCGAACAUUUUAGUGGAUGACACGCUUCCAUUCGAGGUGGAUAAAACUUUGUUGGGUGCCGUCAAGGAUUCGAUUGUACAGGGUUUCCAGUGGGGAACUCGAGAAGGUCCGCUGUGUGAGGAACCCAUACGUAAUGUGAAAUUCAAAAUUCUCGACGCUGUCAUUGCACAGGAACCCUUGCAUCGGGGAGGUGGACAAAUUAUUCCGACCGCUAGACGGGUGGCCUAUUCAGCUUUUCUCAUGGCAACGCCCCGUUUGAUGGAGCCGUAUUUGUUUGUCGAAGUGCAAGCUCCUGCGGAUUGUGUUUCGUCGGUGUAUACUGUGCUAGCCAGACGCCGUGGUCAUGUGACACAAGACGCUCCGGUUCCUGGUUCACCCUUGUACACCAUUAAAGCAUUUAUACCUGCUAUUGAUUCGUUCGGAUUUGAAACGGAUCUCCGGACGCACACUCAAGGACAGGCGUUUUGUCUUUCCGUUUUUCAUCAUUGGCAGAUCGUACCUGGAGAUCCACUGGACAAGAGUAUUAUAAUUCGUCCGCUGGAACCACAACCGGCAACUCACUUGGCACGUGAAUUUAUGAUCAAAACCCGCCGCCGAAAAGGAUUGUCCGAGGACGUUUCGAUCAACAAAUUCUUCGACGAUCCCAUGUUGCUCGAGUUGGCCAGACAGGAUGUGCUGCUAAAUUAUCCUAUCUAAACGGGAUAACAUGAUAUCUCUACAUUAUGAAAAUGAAAUAAACAAAUGACAUC